UAUCAAAAUGUUAAACAGUUACAACUUACAAUAACGUUUUGUCAGGUAAUAAAUAUAUUCGUAUCCUUUUUGCCUCUCAUCAAGGUUCUUCAGUUGGUGUUCCUGGUUCAGGGUUAACAAGGUUCAAACAAAUUUUUGAAGUCAAGGUGCUUUGUGAAACAUGUUGCUUUACAGUUACGAACCUAGUCAGUAUAACGACCUUACUCAAAAACCGGCUACAUGGGAAGAAAUUAAAAACAAAACGAGUAUGGAAGAAUUAAUAUAGUUUUAACCCAGUCUAGCUCGAAACCGAAAUUAUGAAUUAAAAGUGACGAGGGUUUGCUGAAAUACUGCUACUGAAAAUACACAUAGUCAAGUUAUAACUAGUGCUAAUCUAUACAUAGCUUACAACUCUACUAGGUAGGUGUACUUAAUAUUGAUAAGUAAGUUUAUUUUUCUUUUCCGAUCCAUUUUAUUUGACCCCACAUUAACUAUUUACCAAGACGUAAUACCGCAGGCACUUGUUUUGUUUACAAGUGCAACAAAAUCCAAAGAUAAAAGUCAAUUGGCCCGUAAGUGGCAAGCAAUUACGGCUAAGAUAUUAUCUGUUGUGCAUCGCGUGUCUAAAACGUUAAUUAACCGUAUUAUAUACCUAUUUAUCUAGAUAGGUUUGUUUACAUCGCAUUCUAUAAAUAGAUGGCUAGUUGUUCUGGAUUACGUUGGGGUCCGCCAUACAUAACAAGUUUUUAAUUUAAUCGGUUCGCUCUUCUAAUAAAUAACGAAUGCUCAGACGUAUACAGACUGUUUAAAUGUGUGGGUGUGGCGGUGUUUACACGCAUUAGUGAGCACGGCGUAAACAGUGCAGUUAGUACCCAUGUGUGCAUGGAAGAAAGGCACAUGUUGCAAGCAAAAUAUACAGGUGCAGCCGUGCGCCCGGGGCAGUUACGCCCGCCCGCCGUCAAGGAUGAGCCUCAUACAGUGCAUCAGGCACAUAGUCCAGACGGAAGGCCCCAAAGCCUUAUUCAAGGGCCUCGGCCCCAACAUCGUGGGCGUGGCCCCGUCGCGCGCCAUCUACUUCUGCACGUACUCGCAGGCGAAGGCGAUCCUCAACCAGAACAUUGCCCCAGACACGCCCAUCGUGCAUCUGUCGGCUGCUAGUGCUGCUGGCUUUGUGUCGUGCACGAUGACCAAUCCGAUCUGGUUCAUCAAGACGCGGCUGCAGCUCGACGGACAGAACGUCACCACCAUGCAGUGCAUCAAGAGGAUAUAUGCCAAAACUGGCAUAAAAGGCUUCUACAAGGGCAUAACCGCCUCCUACAUGGGCAUCAGCGAGACGGUAGUCCAUUUCGUCCUCUACGAGGGCGUGAAGGCGCGGCUGGUGGCGGCGCGCAGCCAGGCGCCCUCCGACACCAAGUCGCCGCGGGACUUCGCCGAGUUCAUGCUCGCUGGCGCCUUCUCCAAGACUGUGGCUUCGUGUAUAGCGUAUCCGCACGAGGUGGCGCGUACGCGGCUGCGCGAGGAGGGCGACAAGUACCGGCGGUUCUGGCAGACGCUGCGCACCGUGUGGCUGGAGGAGGGCCCCCGCGGCGUCUACAGGGGCCUGGGAACACAGCUGGUGCGUCAAAUACCGAACACGGCGAUCAUGAUGUCGACAUACGAAGCAGUAGUUUACGUCCUCACAAACCAUUUCAACAACCAAUGUUACGAGAACACAUAAACAUUCGCGGCACAGCGAGUGACCAGUAGUGAUGGCUCGAGAAGUACUCUCUAUGUCGCUUGUGUGAGUAUAGCGGAGGUAGAGGUCCUCGGAUUAUGUGGUUGUUUGUGCUCAGAUUAGAGAAAUACAGGGGAUGGAGUUGGCCAGUCUGUAACAAGUUGGUCGGUUGCAAUAGUUUAAACAAUGAUAUUUUGUCCACAAAAAGAAAAACUAAGAAUUAACUACCGUGGCAAUGAGCAGGCCUAUUUAAAAUUUUGAAACUUAUUAGUUUAGUAAUUAAAUUACUAAUUCAGUAAAUAAGUACAAAACUUAUCUCCUGUUUUCUGUGAUCUGAGGACUCGUAGUGAAAGAGAAUAAUGGGGACGCUAAAUAUUACCCUGUAGAACUGAAAUAUAGUUUUUAAAUAAUAGAGAUGUAACGUGCCAAGGGUAAAAAUUAUGUUAAUCCGGCAAAUAAACCAGCAAAUUGUUGAACAAUGUAGUCAGUAAAAUCUAGUCGCUCACU